AUGCUCCUCUACUCGGCCUUCUGUCUGCUCGUCGGUGACAUGCUCUUUGGGUACGACACAGGCAGUUUCGGUGGUGUGUUGGCCAAUCCUUUCGGCGUGUUCAACGCUUCGACCAACAAAUGGGCGUUCAAUUCCCUUCACACCUCGCAACUGUCCUCUCUCCCGUUCAUCGGCAAAUUUCUGGGAUGCUUAGUUGCUGGCCCGGCCAUCGAGUGGAUUGGUCACCGCGGUGUAUUCUUCGCAUUGUCGGUCGUCUCCUUCGUUGGAAUCAUUAUCGAAAUCACAGCCGCCGGUACCAGCGUUGGAUCCGGACGUCUUGCGCAGUUCAUUGUGGGCCGCACUAUUGUCUACAUCUCGGUUGGGCUUGUUGAGGUCGACGUGACAGAUUGUUCCAGCUUUGUUGUCGUAUCGCUGCAACUAUUCCUCAAUGCUGGGAGCAUCGUUGCGACUGGCGUCAAUAAAGCAUUCUCCACCACAACUGACAGUCUGGGUUGGAAAGUUGUCACGGGCAUUCAAUUCGUCUACCCUGUUCUAAUUAUCCUCUUCACUUUCUUCAUACCCAGCUCUCCGCGCUGGCUUAUAUCCAAGGACCGGGACGAUGAGGCUAUCCAGGCUAUUCGCCGCCUUAGACCCAAGGGACCCGGGUCGGAGGCUGCGUGCGCUGCUGAAAUUCACGCCAUCGGGGAAGCGCUUCAGGAACAUGUGCAUAAAGCUCCGUGGUUCGAUCUCUUGCGUGGAUCGAACUUCCGACGAACGAUGAUUGUCCUCGUUUACUAUUUUUACCAGCAGACGACUGGCCAAGCAUUCGUGUCGACCUACCAGACAACUUUCUACAAAACGAAUGGACUCGCCGACCAGGCUUUUACUUAUCCUGUCAUCAGCUACUGUCUGAGCUUUCUGUCUGUCAUUCCAGCCAUGUACACGAUUGAUAGAAUCGGGCGUCGAUACAGUCUUAUGAUCACCUUCUCUUUCCAGGCUUUCUGGAUAUUUUUGUUAGCUGGACUCGGAGGCAUGGCUCACAAGACAGCCAGUGAAAAGAACAUGAUUGUGGCCGCUUUCAUGCUCUACGCAUUCAGCUACAAUAUGGGUGGUGCUUCUAUCCCGUACCUUCUCGGCAGUGAGAUCCCCAAUGCUGCCAGGCGAGAAAAGACUCAGGGGGUCGGCACUGCAUGGAACGUCGUCUGGGCGUUUGUGACCAACUUCGUCAUCCCUUACAUGAUUUACAACAUCCACUUUUGA